CUGGACACAUGGUUUUGGUUGAGUGUUCGUUCAUAUGGGGGAAUGGUGAAAAUUAGACUUGGCAUAUGUUGAUCGUGUUGAGGUAGGCAAUUCCGGAUUACAAACAAAUGCUGAGGGAGAGAGAUUGUGAAAGAAAGAAAGAAAAAAAAAAAGGAGGAUGAGAUGAAUUGAGGAAAGGCGGCAAGGUGUAGAUAGAGACGGAGACAAUCAACAAGGAUGAAGGAACAAGUCUGAGAUGGAGGGCGAGAAGAUUGAAGUAAGCAAUGCUGGGUUAGAAUUUAGAAAUGCUGACGGAGAGAUUGUCAGAGAGAGAGGAUGAAUUGAGGAAAGGCAGCUAAGCAAGGUGAUAGUGUUUUGGGAACAAAUUAAAAAGUCGCCGGGCGGCCACGGCCAGACGUGUUUGUUACCCGUGGCACGUACGAGUACAUUAAUCACUACAUGCCAGCUUACAUUUCUUUAGCUACUAUAUAGUAGCUAGCUUUGUCAACACUGGUACUAUAAAUGAUGACGACGACGAUGAAUUCGUAUCGGAGAGAGAAGAAGAUUGCAGGAGUAAUUAAUUUGUUGAUCAGGUCUGUAUGUGUUGUCAAAAAUAAAAGCAGGUCUGUAUGUACUGUCAACUUAAAUGUGAGACAUAAACAGUGCAAAAUUGCACCUAUUUUAGGAUUGAGGGAGUACUAACACAAAAUAGAAAUAGUAAUAGACCUCCUCGUGUCGUGGGACUUGGAAUUGGACUCCCUCUUCUUCUUUCUUUCCUCUUCUACUUUUCUUCUUUUACAUAAUAGUAUUAGUAUUACAAUAUAGGAGUAAUACUAAUACUCUUUGUUCCUUUUGUUGGCAUUGCAUGUUUGUAUUGGUAAGGUUGUUCAAAUCAAUCAAGUCUAGUGUAGUAGCUAAUUAAGCCGCCGCCGCGAGUCGACCUCGCAACCAUCCAUGGCCCCGCGCCUCCUCCUCGCCCUCGCCCUCGUCCUGCUCGCCUCCGGCGCAAGCGCGGCGAGCGUGGGGGACACGUGCUCGUCGGAGGGAGACUGCGGCGCGGGGCUGCACUGCAGCGACUGCGGCGGCGGCGGCGGCGGCGACAAGACGUGCACGCGCGCCAAGCCCAUCGACCCGCUCACGCACGGCACGGAUCUCCCCUUCAACAACUACUCAUGGCUGACGACGCACAACUCGUACGCCCUCGCCGGCUCCUCCUCCGCCACCGGCUCCGCCCUCAUCACCCAAACCAACCAGGAGGACACCAUCACCGCCCAGCUCAAGAAUGGUGUUAGGGGCUUGAUGCUUGACACUUACGACUUCAAUAAUGAUGUCUGGCUGUGCCACUCAUUUCAAGGGAAAUGCUUUAACUUCACAGCCUUUCAACCUGCCAUCAAUGUGUUGAAAGAAAUCCGGACGUUCCUUGACGGUAACCCUUCAGAAGUAAUCACAAUUUUCUUGGAAGAUUAUACUGCUUCUGGGUCUCUGCCAAAAGUAUUCAAUGCUUCUGGACUCAUGAAGUAUUGGUUCCCAGUGGCUAAAAUGCCCAAGAGCGGUGGCGACUGGCCUCUACUCAAGGACAUGAUCAGCCAGAACGAGCGCCUGCUAGUCUUCACAUCAAAGAAAUCAAAAGAAGCAAGCGAGGGGAUCGCUUACGAGUGGAGUUACGUCGUGGAAAACCAAUAUGGAAAUGAAGGGAUGGUAGAGGGUAAAUGCCCGAAUCGUGCAGAGUCUCCAGCCAUGGAUUCCAAAAGCCAGUCUCUUGUCCUGAUGAACUUCUUCACAACAGACCCAAGUCAAACAGGGGUUUGCGCAAACAACUCAGCGCCACUUGUUAGCAUGCUGAAAACCUGCCAUGAUCUCUCGGGCAAUCGGUGGCCCAAUUACAUCGCUGUUGAUUUCUACAUGAGGAGCGAUGGUGGAGGAGCUCCCUUAGCUACUGACAUCGCAAAUGGUCAUCUAGUAUGUGGGUGUGACAACAUCGCAUACUGCAAGGCGAAUUCGACAUUCGGGACAUGUGUGAUACCUCCACCUUCACCGCCGCCGUCGCCUCGGAAGGCACCCAGCGGCGGCAAGGGCACAAGUGCAGGCGGCAGCUCCAGUUCCAGCGGCGCAAUGGCUCGGGUUGUACUACCAAAGCUGAGCUUCUUCUUCGGAGUGGCACUUCUGAUCCUGGUCAUACUCUCUUAUUAAGAGCAGACCCAUUCACUUGAGCUUGUGCUGUCUUUGUGCUCUGCUGGUACAAGCACAUACUGUACUGCCAUUCUGAGGCAAAAUUUUCUGCUCUUUUUUUAGCCACCUGUUCCAUUGGUUUGUAACUUCUUUUUCUUUUUUGUUAAUGAGAGCUGUAGAUGCCAGAUUAGCUGGAGAAAUUGUUCAUGUGCCGAGCUGUAGAUCAUUCCUUUUAUUUGAGGCAAUAUUUUUCUGCAUAUCAAGUGAUCUUAUUGCUCAUAAAAUAACUGCAAUCGCAUUGUAAAAAAAUGUUGUGGUAAGACCUUUUACAGGUGCAAAAUAUGCCUAUUAUGCAUAGACAGCAAA